GUGAUAUCUAAGGCUUUCCUCCGACUCUGAUUCAGAAGGAUCUCAGCUGCGGUUGUGGGUCUGCUGGCGUCGAGCACAGACGGACCAUUUCAGCGAGAUCAGCCCAGAGAAUCAAGAGACAAACGAGGAGACAGACAGAAGAGGCUGUUUUAAGGGAUCACACUCUCCGCCUGUGGACAGCAGUCGGUUAGGGACAUAUUUAAAGCACAGAAUAAAUCGGGGAUUUGAAGAGGAUGGAUGUCUGAAGCUUGUUUUUCCGGAGCGCACCUUUUUAUGUUUUGCAGAGUGAUGAAUGAUCACCAGGAGGAAAUCGUAAAAUCCGACCUUGCUGUGGAUGCGAGCGUGCAGUGAUGCUGCAGGUCCAGCUGUGACUGAGGACUGAGUAAAGUCUGCCAUCAGAAACAUAAAUACACCCUUACUAUAAGACCCGACUUCAAUCAGCUGCAAGAACAAGUUCCACACCAGACUGUGAGUGCGCCUUUCUCUGUGCUGCAGAUGUUCCGAGUCCACGUCCAGUGAACCAGAGGACUGAGAUAACCCACCUCACACACACAGACCGGAGGAUGGUCCCCGGGGCCCCCAUCACCACCACCACCAUGCUCCCCGCCUCCGAGGCUGCCAAGAUCUACCAGACCAACUACGUGCGCAACUCGCGCGCCAUCGGUGUCCUGUGGGCCAUCUUCACCAUCCUCUUUGCCAUCGUCAACGUGGUGUGCUUCAUCCAGCCGUACUGGAUCGGGGACGGCGUGGACACCCCACAGGCGGGCUACUUCGGUCUGUUCCAGUACUGCAUCGGGAACGGGCUGUCCCGGGACUUGACCUGCCAGGGGAGCUUCAUCGAGUUCAGCGCCAUCCCCUCCGGUGCGUUCAAGGCCGCCUCCUUCUUCAUCGGCAUGUCCACGGUGCUGGUGCUCACCUGCAUCGGCUGCUUCGCGCUGUUCUUCUUCUGCAGCACCGGGACCGUGUACAAGAUCUGCGGCUGGAUGCAGCUGGCAGCAGGUACGUGUCUCAUCCUGGGCUGCAUGAUCUACCCGGACGGCUGGGACAGCGAUGAGGUGAAGCGGAUGUGCGGCGAGCAGACGGACAAGUACACGCUCGGGGCGUGCUCUGUGCGCUGGGCCUACAUCCUCGCCAUCAUGGGCAUCAUGGACGCUCUCAUCCUGUCCUUCCUGGCCUUCGUCUUGGGGAACCGUCAGGACAGCCUGAUGUCUGAGGAGCUGCUGGGAGACAAGACCGGAAACAACGCCAUCUAACGUCUGAUCGUGGUCACGCAGUCUUACACGCACACACACACACAGGUUUUGCAGCCUAGAUGUGACUUUACUUGAGGAUCCAGCGUCCCUGUCCUGUACCUGAGGCUGAGAUGUGGAGCUGAUCAGAGAAGAAGAGGAAGAAGAGGAGGAAGAGGAAGUCACAAACCUUCACGGGGACCAGGAUGCCUCCGUCUGUAAAAUAUCCGUCUUUUUCUCAAACUGCUCCUUCCUGCAGAAACAUCAACAACAACACUUCCUCCAGUAUACCUGUGUUUUUGGUAUGUUACGUCAUCAUCUUCCCCAAGUCUGAACUGUCGUCCCUGUCCACGUGACGAAGGCCGAUGGAGCAUCCAGAGAAAAAGAAAAACCUGAGAAAGACUCUUCAUGUUGAGAUUCAGCUCCAGGACACUCUGCAGCGCUGAGCGACGGCUGCUCAGACUGAAUCAAAUCAACACAAAUUACCCGGACUGUGAGCGACACAAAUAAGGACUUAACAGACUUCAGGUCAGAGCUGUCAGAUCUCCUUCAGCAUCAAAUCUACAAACUCCCUGAGCAGGAGUUCUCUCUCUGACCUUCGGAGAGUUUCAGCAAAGAGAGGACUGAAAAACAAACAAACUUUUAUUAUGGUUCAGUGUUUGAUGUUCUAGAAUCAAAGUAGUGAUCAUAAAUCACAAACAGGUGUUAAUGUGAGAAAAAGAAUCUGUGUCCUGAAGUCUGUAAUGUGCGUACAGCUUUGUUUACUCCGUCCCGUGGUUCGUCUUGACUUUGAAAUGUACAUUUUGAAACGUCAGGCUGUUUGUCCUUCAUCGGUGUGACACAGUUAUUACACUUCACGGUGCUGUGGGACAUUAAAGAGGAGGGAGCAGGAAACUGGACAUGAAUGAAAUGAGGAUGAAUAUAUCUGACUCUGUGUGGUGUCUCUUUGUCCUGUGUCAAAGUUUAAAGAUAAUAAAACACAUGAGGAGUGAGUCCACUGUA